AACCCAAUAGUCUCGGAACCCGCCACCGCCAUCACCACCAGUCAAACCUCCAUUCUCUCUCUCCUCCUCCCCAUCCAUGGCUUGGCUCCGAUCCCUAGCCCGCUCCUCCACCCAUCUUCCCCGCCCUCUGCCUCCCAUUCUCUCCAUUUCCUCCUCCUUCUCCUCCCCUGCUCACCCGCCGGGCUCUCCGCCUGCCGCUUUCGGUGGUCUCGCCCCCACUGAACCCGGCCGCGAGAAGCCGAGAGUCGUUGUGCUCGGAACGGGAUGGGCUGGAUGCCGUUUGAUGAAGGGAAUUGAUACUGAGCUCUACGAUGUCGUUUGCAUCUCCCCUCGCAACCACAUGGUCUUCACUCCGCUCCUCGCCUCCACCUGCGUUGGCACUCUCGAGUUCCGCUCCGUUGCUGAGCCCGUUGGCCGGAUCCAGCCCGCUGUUUCCCGUUCCCCUGGGUCCUACUUCUUCCUCGCCCGCUGCAACGCCAUCGAUCCCGAGGCGCACACUGUGCAUUGUGAAACUGUUACUGAUGGUAAUGCUGGGAGUGAUUUGAACCCUUGGAAAUUUAAGGUGUCUUAUGACAAGUUGGUCAUUGCAUCUGGAGCGGAGGCUUCAACAUUUGGAAUACAUGGUGUAAGAGAACAUGCGAUAUUUCUUCGUGAAGUGUACCAUGCUCAGGAAAUUCGAAGGAAGCUGCUUCUCAAUCUAAUGCUAUCUGAUGUGCCUGGCAUAUCAGAGGAAGAGAAGAGGAGGCUACUGCACUGUGUUGUGAUUGGAGGUGGACCCACUGGCGUUGAGUUCAGUGGUGAACUUAGUGAUUUCAUUAUCAAGGAUGUUCAUGAAAGAUACUCCCAUGUCAAAGAUUACAUCAAUGUCACCCUGAUUGAGGCUAAUGAAAUAUUAUCCUCAUUCGAUGUGCGGCUCAGACAGUAUGCUACAAAUCAAUUGACUAAGUCAGGAGUUCGCCUUGUGCGUGGAGUUGUCAAAGAUGUCCAGCCUCAAAAAAUAAUUCUUAAUGAUGGCACAGAGGUCCCGUAUGGGCUUCUUGUAUGGUCUACCGGUGUUGGUCCAUCACCUUUUGUACACUCUCUCCCAUUUCCGAAAUCACCUGGUGGAAGGAUAGGAAUUGAUGAAUGGCUACGUGUUCCCUCAGUCCAGGAUGUGUUUGCUAUUGGUGAUUGCAGUGGAUUUCUUGAAGACACUGGCAAGCCAGUUCUACCAGCUUUAGCACAGGUUGCCGAAAGGCAGGGGAAAUACCUGGCUGAACUUCUGAACAUGAUUGGCAAAGCUGGUGGUGGCCAUGCAAACAGUGCCACAAAUGUAGAACUAGGCGAUGAAUUUAUCUACAAGCAUUUGGGUAGCAUGGCAACAGUUGGGAGAUACAAAGCUCUUGUAGAUCUCAGGCAAAGCAAGGAAGGAAAAGGGAUUUCUCUUGCUGGAUUUGUGAGCUGGUUUAUUUGGAGGUCUGCAUAUCUGACUCGAGUUAUAAGCUGGAGAAACAGGUUCUAUGUGGCAAUUAACUGGCUGACCACACUCGUAUUUGGCCGCGAUAUUUCACGCAUCUAAAGGUUCAAUAUAUAUAUAUAUAUAUAUAUUUUUGUUGUUAAAUUCAUUUUGUAUACAUGAUACUGUGAAAUUUUAUUUUUCAUCAGCAAAACAUUUUUGAAAGUUGACCAGGUUCUGCACUAGGUAUGAAGUUGUUAAUUGACUGCAUAGUCUGCAUAGAGAUUUUGAUUAAUGCAUUUAUACCACAUGCCUUGCAAAAGUUUGACUCUAUUAAUUACCCG